AAGAACAACAUUGAAAGCAACACAACCGUAAAGGCAUCAGACUGCUGGUUGCUCUAAAGCACAGUCCACUAUGGAGCACGUAAGACAGAAGAUCAGAAACACACUCCCUCAACUAGAAGAAGAGCAACUGGAAACUUUCAUCAAAAAAUGUAUGGUCCUGGGAGUUACAAAUGUUGAAGACUGCACAUUUAUAACAGAAGCAGACUUGGAUGGGAUUUUUACACCAAUACAGUCCAGAAAGUUGAUCAGUGUAUUCCGCUCAGGAUCGAUCGGUACUCAUCAGCCUGUUGUCAGUGACAAUCCGAAAGGUUCAAAAGAAAACAAGUGUAUCAAAACUCAGGAAAAAAAACACAGCAACGAUGGUACUACAGGAGAUCUUGCAAAUGAUAUUAAGAAGAACAUGAGCAGUAAAAUAGAAGGUGCACCCAAUGCAAGUCUACCAACCUUUAAACUCCACCUGGAAAAAACAUCGCAGAACAGUAAUGGAUACUGCAGAAGAUUCACAUUUGGAAAAAACUCUUCCAAACCUAACAAGACCAUUAUGAUGAUUGGGGCCACAGGUGCAGGAAAAACCACUUUAAUUAACGGCAUGAUCAACUACAUUCUGGGUGUGCGAUGGGAAGAUGACUUCCGGCUUAUAUUAAUAGAUGAAGGGAAGCAGAAAUCCCAGGCAGAAAGUCAGACAUCUGCAAUUACAGCAUAUCAAAUUAAUCACAUGACUGGUUUCCAGGUCCCAUAUAGUCUGACCAUUGUGGACACACCAGGCUUCGGUGACACCAGAGGAAUAUCACGCGACCAGGAAAUCACAAAGCAGAUCCAUGAGUUCUUCACUCAGCCCAGCGGGAUCGAUCACCUCGAUGCUGUGUGUUUUGUAGUACAGGCCUCACUUGCCCGCUUGACACACACACAGACAUACAUAUUUGACUCUAUUCUUUCCAUAUUUGGGAAGGACAUUGCUGAAAACAUCCUAAUGCUGGUCACAUUUGCCGAUGGGAACAUACCUCCUGUACUUGAGGCUAUCAAAGUCUCCAAGAUGCCCUGUUCUACCGAUAAGACUGGAGAGGCACAAUACUUCAAAUUUAAUAACUCUGCCCUGUUUAUUACACAGAGUAAAUCUGAGGAAGCUGAUGAAGAAAAUUUUGGAAACUUUGAUCAAAUGUUCUGGAAGUUAGGAUUUUCUAGCUUGACAAAGUUUUUUAAAUCCCUUGAACAGUUGAAUACAAAGAGCUUGACUUUAACACAGGAGGUCCUAAAGGAGCGGCAACAGCUAGAAGCGUUUGUUGAAGGUCUCCAGCCCCAGAUCAACGCUGGCCUGGCAAAAUUGGAAGAAAUAAAGAAGACAAAUGCAGCUCUGAUGCAGCACAAGGCUGAAAUGGAUGCAAACAAGAAUUUUGAAAUUGAAGUAGAGAUAAAUGUUCCUAAACAGGUGAAAAAGACAAGUGGUUUCUUGACCAACUGUCAAAUCUGUCGUUACACAUGCCAUAAUGACUGUAAGAUUGCAGAUGAUAAAAAAAAAUACAAAUGUGUGGCCAUGAAAGAUGGAAAGUGUAUGGUCUGUCCUGGAAAGUGUGCUUGGAAUGUUCACUUUAAUAUGAAAUAUAAAUGGGACUACGUCAAAGAGAGGAAGAAAGAAACAUUUAAAGAGUUACAAUUACGAUACAAUGAAGCAAGUGGUAAAAAGACGUCAGCUGAACAGAUCUUCAAAAUGCUUGGAAAGGAGUUUGAUGACGUGCAGAUUAUUGUGUUCAAUCUCAUCGAGAGUUCCCAACAUUCCUCGAGGCGACUGCAAGAAAUUGCCCUCAAACCGAACCCUCUCUCCACACCUGACUACAUAGACCUGAUGAUUCAAGCUGAGAAACAGGAAGCCAAGCCUGGAUAUAAAGAACGCAUCGAGUCUUUACUGGAAGUCAAAAAGAAGGCAGAGACUAUGAAUAAGGUUACUACGGGGAAAAUGCUUGAGGAAUGGCAUGUAGAGAAAGAGAAAAUAUCAAACAUCUCCUACAAUGCCACGGUGAUAUUCAGCCGUGCGAAGGAUUAUUUUGGGGAGAAAAUAGGUCAAUUGAAAAUCAAUUCUUAAUUUUUAUUUUCAGUGCACUAUUUUAAAGAAAAAUAUAAUAACUCCUACACAAAGUAAUAAAAAUACUACUAAAAAUCAUGAAAUGAUCAUUACAUUUAUAUCGAAUAAGUUAGGAGUCACAACCGACAAACUUCUGUUGUAGAUGAAUCUUUGGAGAUUAUGUAGUUUACAAGUGAUUAUUCAUAUUUAUACACUAUGCAUAUAGCAGAAACUUUGAUGUGUUCUUUGGGAAUUGAACGCACAACCUUUAACACUGCUGACCCAAUGCUCUACCAUAUGAGCCAUGGGAUUAAUAGAUAAAUAAUGAUAUAAAGGAAAUGUGUUUUCUUUAUAGCAGUUGUGCAGCCAGAAUUUUAUUUUUGAGGAGGCCUGUCUGUACAUGAGAGUGCCAUUAUGUAUAUGUAUAAUGCCAUUCCAUUAGUUUUCUUUUUAUUACUAAAUUAAACAGCAGAUUUGUACACCGUGUAAGUAAACAUAAACAUAGCCUAGCGCUUCUUAAUCCUGGUCCUCUCGACCCCCACUCUUGAUAAUUUGUGUUACUCUUUUGUCUAAAUCUUGAUCUAAAUCACCAGCUUGUUAGAAGAGCGCUCCAUGAAUGAACUGUGUUCCAGUGGACAUGAUCCCUACACAGUGUUCACAGCUCUCUACUCUGUGCAGACAGGAAAUACGUUGACUUUAACUUCUGAAGUUAACUCCAGAACACAAAUUUGUGCUACACGACUGCCAGCAGCAUCUUCAAACACGGACAAAAAUUUACUGAGGAAGUUUGAAAGCAGAGUAACAAAUUAACAAAUCCUUUUUUGUUAUUUAAAGUAAUAAAAAAUCUGAGAGGGCUGUUCAUGUGUCUACGCUUCUGCUCUAUAGAUAAUACGUACAUAUAAAAUGUUUAAUUAUUUUAUUUCCUUUUAAAUGAUUUAAAAAUAAAAGGUUUGAGGGAAUCUAUCAAUAACUUAUGUUUAUGAAUAACAAUUCAACUUAUGUAGAACUUUUUGCAAUUUUCACUGUUGCAAUGCAGUUUUAAAUACAUUGUUAUUUGAUUCAUGUAUUACUAAUACUGUGAUAAAGACUGUAUAUGGUAUUAAAAUA